GACCUUUAACGAUUGUCCCGCCCCUUCGGUGGAGUACGCGUGGUCUGUAAAUGCAGCAUGGCAUCUUCAGCCAAAAAGAGAGCGAUAGGAUCGGGUGAAAAUCCCGAAGAGAGUGAAAACAGCCCUGACGAAAACCUGGGGGACGACGACAGCUCCGGAGAGGAGGACAGCGAUGCAUCGGACGAGGAAAUCAACGAAGAGGUCGUCGUGGACUUCGAAGCUCAUACCAUCUCAGGCAACGACUUCAAUGGAAUCAAGAAACUCCUGCAACAGCUCUUCCUGAAGGCCCAUGUAAAUACAUCGGAGCUGACUGAUCUCAUCAUUCAACAGAAUCAUAUCGGCAGUGUCGUUAAGCAAGCAGAGGUACCCGAGGACAGCGACAACGAUGAUGACCCAGAUGAGGUGUUUGGUUUCAUCACCAUGCUUAACCUCACAGAGCGAAAGGGUGUCCAGUGUGUGGAGGAGGUGAAGGAGUUGAUCAUAGACCAGUGUGAGAAGAACUGUCCCCACAGUACGACAGAGCAGCUUGAGCAGAUCCUCAAUGACACCAGCAAACCCGUAGGAUUGCUGCUGAGUGAACGCUUCAUCAACGUACCCCCCCAGAUUGCUCUGCCACUACACAAACAGCUCCAAGAGGAAAUGGCAGAAGCUCAAAGGACAAAUAAACCAAGUGGAAGGUGUCACUACUGCUUGAUGAUCAGCAAGACCUGUAAAGAGGCAACCAAAAGCAUCUCGGCCAGAGGAGGAACUCCCAAAGACGAAGUGAUGUUUGUCAACGCUGAGGAAGAGUUCUUCGAUGAGCAAGCUACCAUGAAGUUCCACUACUCUGUCCAGGAAGAGGCAGACUCUUGUUUGAGUGGCAGGUGGUCUUUUGACGAUGUACCCAUGAAGCCGUUCCGGACGGUAAUGCUGAUACCAGCAGACAGAAUGCCUGCCAUCAUGGAUAAGCUUAAAGAAUAUUUAACCAUAUGAACAUCUGAACAUAUUGUAUAAAAACCACAUGUACAUCCUCAGAACAUUGGACUCUGGGAAAUGGUUCAGUACACACAUUGCAAAAGACUUUAGUAAAUCUUGUUGCCGUCACUGUACAUCUGAGCAGUAAGUCAUGUGUAUGCCACGUGUGGCAGUGGUUCCCUUGGUCGGGCUGGAAAUGAUGCUUCUGCUUUAGUUUUGAGAAACGGUAGCAUUAUCUCACACGAUCUAGAAGGAAAUCACCAAGUUAAUACAGAGAAAUAUUUACAACUUCUGUGUAUCAACUGAACAUGAAAUGUACCCCCAAAUCAUUACCCAUUGUAUAAAUCAUGUUUUCUUCACAAACAUUUCUAUAAAACCAGAAUAUCAAAUAUA